AUGCCAUCAUCACCCACGCCCUCCCCACGUGCUGGAGGGCCAUCACGUACACAAUCACCCUGUCCCGUUCGCACACCUCCUUCUCCAAGCGCAGUAUGGCAAUUGCCGCGACCUCAGCAGCCGCAAGGACACCGCAGGAUCGUGUCGACAGGCUCCAUCCCCCACAGUCAGGACCCGUUCGCGGACACGCCCGACCACGCCGCCGAACCACCACCGCUGAGCAGAGCACCCGUAUCUUACCCAGUCCUGCCUACGCGGUCUGAUUACACUUCACUCGCCACCACCAGCAGCCCGGGUGUGGCCGAGUUCAUCAGCGCCCGCAGCACUCCCUUCCUUGGCAGGACAGCACACAGGCACAACAGCAACACGUCGACACCAGCAGCAAACCCUACUCCAACCCGCGCGCCGCAAAGAUUACAAGCCCGGAGAAUGCCGACUCCCCGGCGGACCAAGUCCAAGAAGAGCCUCGCCACCGGAGGAAGUAGCAGCCCUGAGAAGUGGACCUCGUUCAUCGUCGACGACGAGAUCACAAGGUUCAUCCGCAGCCGUCUUCCCGAGCGGGAGCGCGCCGAGACGGGCGUCGGGGAGAACUACAUUUUCGAGGCCGAGCUCGAGCUGCCAACAUCUCCGUCGCCGUCGCCCCCUUCCUCGCCAGCAGCAGCAGCAGCUUCUUCUUCUACUCCCACCACCUCCACCUCCACUUUCACCUCCAUCUCCGCCCCGCCGCCGUCCCCAUUCAUCAAAGCCGAGAGCGAGGAUCACCCGGCAGGCUUGACCAACAUCAGCAGCAGCAGCAGCAGGGCGGAGACAAAGACGAGGAUGCGACUGCUCAAGAUCGGCGUGACCGAGAAGACCCGACACACACGCAUGGCCCAGAUCAGCCGGGCAUGUCAUCUCGAGCUCUCCCUCAACCCCGUCCGACCCCGAGCCGCGGCCGCGGCCGCAGCCACGACGGGAUCAGCGGGACCUGCGGUACAGCAGCCGCCCCCACACUUCCGCGCCGCUGCUGUUGCAGAGACGGACUACUCAUCAUCAGAGCCGGGAUCGAGGAUGAUGGGGCCGACGACGGCGGAAGAAGAGACACAGCCGGUGCGCCUGUUCCGGCGGGUCGAGAAGCUUGUCCACGCCGAGCUCCGGGCGUACCAGUACAAGUUCCCGUGCGGGGGCUGCAAGCGUGAGCACCAGGAGUACUUUGAAGUCGACCCUGAGCUCGCGGCGGCCGUGCAGCGCCGGUGGUGCGCGUGGGUCGCGCAGGAGCCGUACGACAAGCACGGGAACCUGUACCCUUUCUGGGAGAUGCGGCUGCGGCAGAGGAGGAGGCCGUUCAGUCCGGAGGGGCAGACACCGGGCGAGAUUGCUACUGCUUCUGUGGGUAAUGGCGACGACGACGAGGGUGCAGAACGGGACAAGGCGAGGCGGCUGGAGAGGCAGCGGCGGUGGGAGCGGAGGUGGGACGAGUUUGCCCAUCCGCACUGGUUCGAAUGGGUCUGGUAUGACUGCGGUGUCGUGGCGGAGAAGUUUUGGCGGCUCCGGUGGCAGUUCGGGGCAUUCGCCCAGAGUCUGGCCCUCGUGUGGGUGUGCUAUCCCUCUUCCCGCGCAUUUGUUUGCUCCGUGUGUGUGACUUUGGGCAUCAUUGUCGAGCUCGAGUUCCAGGAGCGGCUGUACUCGCUUGGCAGGCUGUGUGGGGUGCGGGACUGGUUGCUGGCGCACUUGUCAUGAUUCAGAGAUGCCAUCGUGGUGUUUGUGGGGUGGAAUAUUCGUGGAAGAGUUCGAU